AAGCGAGCGAGGGAGCGGGCGGGCGGACGGGCGGGGGAUGUGGUGCUGCGGCGGUCGCCACCGCAGCUGCCGCUGCCUGCUCGCGGCUGGGUGUCCCGGAGGCGGCGGCUGGGAGCCACGGGAGCAGCUGCGGUGCUCUGCCAUAUUGUGUCUGGCCCGGGCCCUAGCCUCCCCUUCGCGGCGGCCGAGCUGACGGUGAGUCCCCGGGCCGCGCGGCGCGGAGGCAGCGCGUGCGGCCGGCUCUGGGCGUGGGGCGCGGAGGCGGCCGUCCCGUGACGCGCCGGGACAUUUUCGUCCCGAGAAGAAUUGGCGCCCCGCGCGGGGGUGCUCCCGGCGCGCUGUUCAGACGGAGCGUGGGCUGCCGGGGGUGUGGAGCCGAGGCGAGCACGGCCCCGAGGGGAGUUAGGAGUUUCUCCCGAGCAGAGACAACCCAGCACUGCGGAGAGCGAGCUUGGGCAGGCCCUUCCUACUUGAGGAUGUCCACUCGGGUACAGCCUUACCAUUGACUGCUGCACACAGGAAAGGCCUUUAGGAAGAGCCAGAGUGAAAGGAAGUGAGAAAUAUAUGAGUAAAUGGGUCCAGUAAUUGGAAUGACUCCGGAUAAGAGAGCAGAGACCCCAGGAGCUGAGAAGGUUGCGGGACUGAGUCAGAUUUACAAAAUGGGAAGUUUGCCUGAAGCUGGGGAUGCUGCUAGGCCAAAGGCCACGCUAGUGGGCAGUGACUCAGCAGAUGACGAACUAACAAACUUGAACUGGCUUCAUGAGAGCAGUAAUCUUCUAACAAACCUCAGGCUUGGAAGUGAAGGCCUUCCAGUGGUUAGUCCGUUGUAUGACAUAGAGGGAGAUGAUAUGCCAGCCUUUGGACCAUUGUGCUACCAGAACCCAGAAAAAAAAUCAGCAACUUCAAAGCCCCCGUACUCCUUUAGUCUUCUCAUUUAUAUGGCCAUUGAACACUCGCCAAAUAAAUGUUUGCCUGUCAAAGAAAUUUACAGCUGGAUUCUGGAUCGUUUCCCAUACUUUGCCACUGCACCUACUGGCUGGAAGAAUUCUGUUCGGCAUAAUCUAUCCCUGAAUAAAUGUUUUCAGAAAGUGGAAAGAAGUCAUGGCAAGGUUAAUGGAAAAGGCUCCUUAUGGUGUGUUGAUCCAGAAUAUAAGCCCAAUCUUAUGCAGGCCUUAAAGAAGCAACCUUUUUCUUCUCCACAAAGUGCUUCUCUACCACCUCACUACUUAAGCUCUGCUCUCAAGCAAAGCCAAGUGCAAACUCUUAAAGAAUCUGAUAUCGAUGCUGCCACCGCAAUGAUCCUUUUAAAUACUUCAAUAGAACAAGAGAUUUUAGAGUGUGAGAAGCCUCUGCCCCUUAAAACAGCACUGCAGAAAAAGAGGAGUUACGGCAGCGCGUUCAGCACCCCCAGUGCUGUGCAGCUACAGGGGAGCCAGUCUCCAGCUUCCAGCAUCGAUCCGAAAGCAGACCAUAAUUACAGUGCCAGCAGUGUAGCAGCCCAGCGCUGUGCAUCCAGGGCUAGCAUGUCUUCCCUGUCUUCUGUGGAUGAGGUAUAUGAAUUCAUCCCAAAGAGUAGCCAUGGAGGGAGUGACGGGAGCAGCGAAGGUUUCCACAGUGAAGAGGAGACAGAUGCUGAGGGUGAGGAUGAUCCUCUUGGAGACAGUGGCUAUGCACCACAAGCUCAUGAGAACAGCACUCUGAAAGGACGUCCAGGCAAAAAGAUUCCAAAACAGUCGUGUCAAGAGAUUGAUGAGGAGCUCAAAGAAGCAGCUGGGUCGCUGCUCCACCUUGCUGGAAUCCGCACCUGCCUUGGUUCCCUAAUAAGUACUGCAAAGGCACAAAGUCAAAAACACCGGAAAAAGUAGAAAUACUUAUAAUGUGAAGUUAUUUUAAAGUGUGGCAAUACUCUUCUACUUAACUUUUUACAAUGGAUAUCAGAGCCAUAUGGAUGGACCUCUUUAGCUGAGGUCGGGGAGGGGUGGGUGCCACUAGUUCUUUCUAAAUAUUUUUUGGUUGCUUUUCUUUUUUUGUUUAAUUAGACAGUUGCUCUUAGGAUCAUGCCUAAUUGUAAAUCUGACAUAAAGGACCCCACAACUUAAUUUCUGUGAAUAUGUGUCUCCCAUAUUUAGAAAAUUUUGUAUAGGAAAAUUCUCAGCCUCUGUCUUAAACUGACAGGAAAAAAAUCUCUUUGUUAAUUGGUAAAAAAAUUGGUAACUCAGACUUUUCAUUUUUCUUCCCAUUCUGCUGUUAACUAGUCCCUGGCAUCUUUCUCACAGGCUUCCCUCCUGACACAGUGCAGAAGGGUGAAAUGGGGAUCUUUUGUCAUGUUUUCAGUUACUCUUCGUUACAGCAUGAGCAUGGCCAUAGGAAUUGGAAAGGUCCACCACAUGCCUAGAAAGUUCUCUGGUUUGUAGAAUGUUACUACUCUAAGGAUUAGGAAAGGCCGUUUGGGGAUGUGGCUCAUCUCAAGACCAAUUCCUCCUGCAACAGUAUCUUUGAAUGUUUUUACCUCACAGUUAAUGCAUAGCCGCACUGGGCCUUUCCCCUUUCCCAGAGCACUCUGCAGGCAUUUAAGUUUCAGCUGCUAGCUGUCUUUGUUAAGUAAGAACUGUCUGAUGAGAGGAUACAGCCAGUGUGUGUCAUGGAAUAACAUUCAUCUUCACACACUUGUACCGAAAGAGAAUCUUGCAUUUGUUUCUGAAACGUACUGUAAUGAAGAUAUAUUAUGACAUCAUAAGUAAAGGAAGGUCAUUAAGGGCAAGACUUUCCAAACUCUGUGUAAUUAAAAUUAAAUGUGUAAUGAAUUAGAUUUAAAACAUUAUUAAAUGUUCCUACUAAGGAAAAUAGAGAUAAAUAUCUUCAGGGAUUUCAAAAUACAUAUAAAAAUUGAUCUUACACAAAACUCUUUGAGAAGGCAAUGUAAUACCUGUAUGUGCCAUUAAUCCACACUAAAAGAUUUUAUAUUACUAUUUCAAAAGUGCAUUGGCUAAGAUAUUUUAAGUAUUUGAAUGGAACUGCUUAUAUGAGUCAGUUUUCAUAUCACUUAUAGUUUGAUUAUGGUAUUUAGAACAGGGAUACUAAUACUAUAACUCAUAUAUAUUUUUACAAUGGUGGGAGAAACUUUGGGAAAAUUUAGUCUUCUUUCAUGAUACAUCCUGUAUUCUAAACAGCAACCUUUGGAGUUUUCUCAUUUAUAUGCAUAUAUACACUUGCUGUGUGCAUACACAUACAGGCUCAGGUUAGUUUUCUGCUUUCAAAUAUUUUUAUGACUAUAAAGCAUUUUCUUGGACUUUUUAAGAGACAAAUGUUUUUAUUUUUAUUUCUAAUUUCUUUUCUGGGCAAUACUGUUAAAUGAGAAGAAAAACAAAAGCGUGUUUCUCAAUUGACAACAUUUAAGCUAUAACAGUAUUGAUACACUCCUGUUUCCAUGUUAGUUGUAAUUAGAUCUGGAUAGCCAAAUUAAUGGAAUUGGUGCUAUUAAAAUAUAAACAUUUUUCUUUUAUUGAUAAUGCAGGAUGAGGAAUUUGGAAUUUUUCUAUUCCAUAAAUGUUUCUCUCCAGAAAACAGUUAAAUGAAGUUAGUUUUUACUGCAGACAGUGAAUAAAACCCCAAACAGAAGUCUUGAAGAGAUGGUAGAGUUCAGUUGAUAGCACGGAAUUGUGAAGCUAAUCACCACAGCCUCCUGGGUUGGCCCUUCACAGGGUCACCACAUUUCAUGUUCUUAAGUCCCUGUGCAAUGGGCAAGCUGUUCUGUAAAUGGAGGAAAUGAUCUGGAGUAGGAGGAAAGAGUUGUUCUCAGCUCCAAGAGAAAGACCUCUCCAGAAUUCAUGUUUAGGCAGUAACUUAAAUCCCUUUCCCUCCUUCUUCAGUGGCCUCUUAUUAAAGCAGCAGCCAUUAGCAAGGAUGGUGCGUGCCUGUGCACUUAAGACAGACAAGCUGAGUUCCCUAACAACUUGCACUUAGUUCUCUUAUAGAAUUUGAUGUCUCACUUUUCAUUUGUUGCUGUCCAAGCAUCUAUCUCAAGGGGAGAGUCUUUGUAAUUUGGUCCCUUAUGAUGUUCUUAGAGAUUAUACUCCUGAUUGGUGUGCUCAGAUUAAAGCAGGUGAGGAAGUUAUCCUGAAUUUUAUGGGCUAGAAAUUCCCAGUAAAUAACAAGCUUUGUGUAAUAAACACAGCUUAGAAAUUCAGGGACAACAUACAUUUUUCAGUAAUUUAAAACUGGUUUUAGCUAAGGUAUACGUUGUCUUACACCAAAAUAAGAAUUUUGUUGGAACCAAUUCCAUUUUUAAUGGAUUAAGUUGUGUCUUAGCACUGUAAACUUUAUUUUCCACUUUGCCAAGAGAAUCAGUGUUUCUUGAGUAUGUCUUUGAAAUUUGUUUGUGCAAUAUAUUACUAAAAUAGUUGAUUUUUUUUUUUUUUUUGCUUUCAAAUUUAGAAUGAAACAUUGCCUAGAUCAGUAGAAAAGCAAGGGGUGUGUCACCCCUUUUCCUUAGAGCCUUUUCUGUUCUCAGAGCCAGCUCUACUUCUCUUUGUUGUAAAGUUUAUUAGCAUAUGUUCUCACUGCUUGCUGAGGCAUUAUGUAAAGGGUUCAUACUAGAUGGUCAGUUAAAUACAUGUUAGCAUAGCUCAAAGCUAGAGCAAGUGUUGAGGGAACGCUUGUGUCUUGUAGACUGGAGGCCUGUUCAGUAGCUUAGGCUGCUGUCUCAGAUAGACAGCAGCUUAAUGCCUUUGAAAACUAUACAAAGCAACUUCUGAGGCUUUCUGCUUUACAUAUAUGUCGUAGGAUUUUGGUUUUUUUUUUUUAAUUUUAAAAUGUUUGAGUUUUAAUUAAAGUUUAUUCCAGUGUGUUAAUGAUGUAAUCAAAUAUUUAUUGAAAGGCAAAAUAGAAUAUUUUAAUGUUAUCCCUGCCAUUUUUCAAGAAUAUUCUUUGCAUCUAACUGCCAGUGCCAUUGUCAAACUUGUUUUCAAAAUUGUUGUACUUUUUUAUUAAACAGAGUGCUUAAUUUUAAAGUAUUAUGUUGCCAUCAUAUAAUGUAUAAAAUGUAAAAUUGCCAAUUCAUUGUAACUAUUAUUUAUUUUUAAACUAAAGUAUAAGAAUACCUUUUGAUUAAAGAAAUUUGUUAUUAAAUUGUUUUCUCUUUUCUGAUGUAGCAUAAAAAGUUCUGAGUUUAACUGCCAAUAAAUAGAUGACCAGCCACAAGUGAACCACUUCUCAGUUGCCAACCUUGCUUAUAGCAGAAGCAACUUACAAACGUUUAGUUUUUGUACCUAAUCUCUGACUAUUAAAAUGUUUAUAAAGUUUAUUUUUACCAAAGAGAUGCAAUUCAUUAUGAUAAAGUUACAAAAUAAAUGUCGUUUUAUAACA